UGACUUGGUACUGUAGUGUGCGUGCAAUCGGCUUGGGUAGUGGACGUGUCAACGAUUUUGUUAUUGUUAUACUUUUUACGGUAGUUCAUAAGUAUAAAACCAUGAAAUCAUUUACUUCCGUUUUCCUUAUCAUAUUCUUAAGUGCAGGGUGCAAAUCAACAAUAUUUGAAACAGAUUCCUGUUAUACAUUUGGGGGCGGCAAUGUGGGAAAUGUUUUUCCCGGCGGUGCUAGAAAGGUUGAUCAUAAAUUACAAUUCACUAAAGCUAUGAUAUCGAAACCGGCUCCUGAGUGGGAGGCGACCGCUGUUGUGAACGGAGAAUUUACACAACUUGCAUUGUCUAGCUUCAAGGGAAAAUAUGUAGUGUUUUUCUUCUAUCCACUUGAUUUCACAUUUGUAUGUCCUACCGAAAUUUUAGCAUUCUCAGAAAGAGUUGAAGAGUUCAGAAAGAUAAACACAGAAGUUGUAGCUUGUUCUGUGGAUUCUCAUUUUACACAUCUUGCAUGGAUAAAUACACCCCGCAAGGAAGGUGGACUUGGCAAAAUUAAGAUACCCUUACUAAGUGACUUAACUCACUCCAUUGCAAAAGACUAUGGAGUAUAUCUUGAGGAUUUGGGCCACACUCUCAGAGGAUUGUUCAUUAUUGAUGAUAAAGGAAUUUUGAGACAAAUUACGAUGAAUGAUUUACCAGUUGGUCGAUCAGUAGAUGAAACACUAAGAUUAGUGCAAGCAUUCCAAUAUACUGAUAAGCAUGGAGAGGUAUGCCCAGCUGGCUGGAAACCUGGACAAGAUACUAUCAUUCCAAACCCAGAAUCGAAGAAAAAGUAUUUCGAAAAAGUAGCGAAGAACUGAUUACUAGUAACAAUAAUACUGACCUCAAGUUAAGGCAUUAAUUAAGUACUGUAAAUUUUGAGACUCCUUUUAUCAAAAUGAUUGCCUAUGUGAAAUUAAUCGUAGAUUAAUAGCUGAUAUCAUUCUGAUAAUAUUAUAUUAAACUAAGUAAUUAUGUCAGUACUGAUAAGUAGGUGCCUAAUACUUAUACCAUUUACUGAAACAUUUUGUACAAUAUUAAAAAAAAACUAUCUAUUUUAAUUAUUGCAUAGCUUAAAAUAAAAUAAUGUACCAAAUAAAAUAAGUACUUCCAUAAGACAGGUACAGGUAUUAAAUUAUAUCGGAAAUAGACAUGGUCGUGGUUAUUGUAAGCUGAUUAAUAAACGGAGUCAUUAACCUUUA